AUGUACCAGUUUACGUUUUAUUUAUUUAUUAUUAGUUUUUCUCGUUCUUUCUUUCUUUCUUUUUUCUUUCUUUUUUCUUUCUUUUUUUCUUUCAUCCAUUCUUUCUUUCUCUAUUUCUUUCUUUCUUUCUUUUUCUAUCUCGCGUUUUCUUUUUGUCAAAUUUUGUCUAUUUCUCUUGCUCUCUUUCUCUCUCUCAUUCAUUCUUCCUUUCUCUUUUUGUCUUGCUUUUACUUUCUGUCUCACUUUAUUUCUCGCGCUCUUUCUCCCUUUCUCUAUUUUUCUUAUUCUCUUUCUUUCUUUCUUUCUUUCUUUGUCUUGUUUUUACUUCCUGUCUCACUUUCUCGAUUUCUCACGCAUUUUCUCUCUCUUUAUUGUUCUUCUUCUCUUUCUUUCUUUCUUUCUUUCUUUCUUUCUUUCAUUCAUUCAUUCAUUCAUUCUUUCUUUCUUUCUGUCUCACUUUCUUGUUCUCUUUUUAUUUCUCUUUCUGUCUUGCUUCCUCUCUCUCCCUUCCCCUCUCUUUUUCUCAUUUCCUUUCUUUCUUUCUUUCUUUCUUUCUUUCUUUCUUUCUUUCUUUCUUUCUUUCUCACUUUCUUGUUCUCUUUUUUUUAUUUCUCUUUCUGUCUUCCUCUCUCUCCCUUCCCCUCUCUUUUUCAUUUUCCUUUCUUUCUUUCUUUCUUUCUUUCUUUCUUUCUUUCUUUCUUGUUCUCUUUUUAUUUCUCUUUCUGUCUUGCUUCCUCUCUCUCCCUUCCCCUCUCUUUUUCUCAUUUCCUUUCUUUCUUUCUUUCUUUCUUUCUUUCUUUCUUUCUUUCUUGUUCUCUUUUUAUUUCUCUUUCUGUCUUGCUUCCUCUCUCUCUCUCCUCCCUUUUUUCUCAUUUCCUUUCUUUCUUUCUUUUCUUUCUUUUUCUUUCUUUCUUUCUUUCUUUCUUUCUGUCUCACUUUCUUGUUCUCUUUUUAUUUCUCUUUCUGUCUUGCUUCCUCUCUCUCCCUUCCCCUCUCUUUUUCUCAUUUCCUUUCUUCCUUUCUUUCUUUCUUUCUUUCUUUCUUUCUUUCUUUCUUUCUUUCUGUGUCUUGUUUUUACUUCCUGUCUCACUUCCUCUAUUUCUCACGCAUUUUCUCUCUCUUUUUUUUUCUUAUUCUCUUUCUUUCUUUCUUUCUUUCUUUCUUGUUCUCUUUUUAUUUCUCUUUCUGUCUUGCUUCCUCUCUCUCCCUUCCCCUCUCUCUUUUUCCCAUUCCCUUUCUUUCUUUCUUUCUUUCUUUCUUUCUUUCUUUCUUUCCAUGUGCCGCCUCCCCCUCCUCCCCCAGCUCCUCCUCAUUCGUUCUUCUUUAUUUUCCUUUUUCCGAUGUCUUUCUUUGCAACCGUGCCCACCCACUGCCGACUUUCUGAUCUCCAUCUUUUUCUCCUUCGUUUCUCUCUCUCUCAUUAAUACUUUUUUUUAUCGAUCUACAAUACCAUGA